CGCAGACACCGAUGUCGACGGCGACGACGGACGUGCGGACAGGCGACCUCGAGGCGGGCGAGGGCGAGCCUCUCUACGAAAACGAUGCCCCACCGGUCUACCCAGCGCCCACGCGCUCGAUAUACUCCAUGUCGCGCGACGAGAUUACGAAGGGGAUCGCGAAUCGCUUCGUGCACUCGCGCAGCUACAUCGUGCUCUACCUGGUCAUGGCCGCGCUCUCGGUGACGACCGUCGUGCUCAGCCUCGUGAACGGCUGCCCGACGCUUCCGUUCUACAUCCUCGAACUCAUUAUCAACGGCGCUAUGAUCCUUGAGGUCACGAUACGCUUUAUUGCCUUUGGUCGGCGGUUCUGGAAAAGCCCCUUCAACGUAAUGGACCUCAUUCUCACCGCAUUCUGUGUCAUCACGCUUGCUGUGAUAUUCUUCGCGGGCUGCGACAACACAUCUAAGGAGGAAGAGCUACUGGACACUUUACUGCUGGUCGCACGUAAUGUGUUGCAGUUCGGAAGGCUAGCGUCGGUUAUGCGACAGUCUGGCCAAUCAAUAUUCUCGAGACCCAAGCCUAUCGACCUGUCCUCAGCACGCCGACGUCCAUUGAAUCUUGACAUUGAUAUGGAAGGUGAAGAGGAUUCGGACGAGCUAGGCCGUCCGCUUAUCCGAAGCGAUGUCGUGUUCGACGCUGACGGUGAAGCGCGGCCGGCGCAUACAACACCUAUGCCACGAGCUGCUCAGGCGGCUCAAGAAAGAGAUACGGAAGACAUGUGGGCAGAACUGGGUUGAUGACCGACUUCUCACUACUCGUGCAAUCGUUGGCUGAUAUUAAAUGCUAACUUAUUCUCUUUCACAUGGUUGUUGAAUCUAGUAUAGAGUACUCAUAACAUUGGAUAUGUCAAUGCAUAUUUUGAAAUUAUG